GCCCCCGCAACCCCUCCUCCUUCAUCGCCCAAGUCCCAGCAACCACCAUCGCCACGUCAUCGCAUCUCAAGCUUCGCCGACGUACGGCAGACCAUGAACCUUUGGAACCAGGACAACGCCGCCGUGAUGGACGCCUUCCUCUCCAUCUCCUCCCCCACCGCCGUCACGCAUUACAACUUGCUGCACACGAUUUCUGCGGAUCCCCCUGCCAUCCCCUCUUCCUCUUCCUCCCCCUCCUCUCACUCCACUGUCACUACUUCUACGGUGAGGUCCCCUCAGCUCACCCCGGAUACGCUUCAGAAGCGCCUCCACUCUCUCAUCGACGGCGCCAGCGGGAAUUGGACGUACGCCAUCUUCUGGAAGCCCUCCCCUGCCGCUGCCGUCGCCGGAGGCGUUCUCCUCAGUUGGGGAGACGGGUAUUACCGAGGAUUCGAGGAGGACAAGAACAAGUACGGAGAUGAAAGGGGCGUCGAGUCCACAGAGAACCAAGAACACCGCAAGCGGGUGCUCCGAGAGCUCAACGCUCUCAUCUCCGGCGGCGCCGGCGGCGAUGACUCCACAGACGAAGAGGUCGGCGACACGGAAUGGUUUUUCCUUAUGUCGAUGACGCAGACGUUCGCUCCAGGCUGUGGGAUGCCCGGACAGACCCUCCUCACCGGAUCUCCGGUGUGGCUGACUGCGGCAGGGGGCAUGGAGUCGGCGGCGCUCUGCGAGCGGGCUAGGCAGGCGCGUAUGUUCGGGAUCCGCACCAUGACAUGCGUUCCCCUGUCCUGCGGCGCCGUCGUCGAACUCGGCUCCACGCAGGAGAUCUACCAGAGCGUUGAGUUCUUGAACAAGAUCAGAGCCCUCUUCCAUGGCCGCCCUAAGACUACAACGUGGCAGCCAUCUGUGGAGCUUGGUGUGCUCCAGGAUCCUUGCGAUUUCUACAUCUCCGAGCCAUCCGCCAUGAAGCCUCCUUCGUCGGUUGACUUCUCGAUUUCCCCAACCUCCGGUGAUAACUCCUUCUGCAUCGGCAAACACAUCUCCAACGAGAUCAAGAAGUCUGCGUCAAGAAGCGACGACGUAUUCCUCUCAGCGCCCCUUGUUCCGGUGAUGAAGUUGGAAGGAUUCUUCGACGGAGACAGCUCGGAGCACUCCGACUUGGAGGCCUCGGCUCGGGAUGUGACCAGCAGAACUGCGGUGCUGGAGCCGGAGAAGCAGAGGCCGAAAAAGCGGGGGAGGAAGCCGGCGAACGGCCGCGAAGAGCCGCUGGACCACGUGGAGGCAGAGCGGCAGCGGCGGGAGAAGCUGAACCGGAGGUUCUACGCGCUGCGCUCCGUGGUGCCCAACGUGUCCAAGAUGGACAAGGCGUCACUACUCGCCGACGCCGUUACCUACAUCAACGAGCUCCGCUCAAAGGUGCAGGAGCUCGACGCCGACAAACGGAGGUUGCAGGCCGAUCUGGCUUCCUUCAAGAUACAGAAGGAAACGCUCGUCGCCGCCCCCUCAUCCAGAAGCGACGGGGUACAGCGCACGGAUGAGUUGUCCGAGUUGGAGCUGGAGGUGAAAAUUUUGGGUUGGGAAGCAAUGAUCCGGAUGCAGAGCGACCGGCGGCGCCACCCGGCGGCGAGACUGAUGGCGGCGCUGCGCGAGCUUGAACUGGAGGUGAACUGCGCCAACGUGUCGGUGGUGAAGGAGCUGAUGAUCCAACAGGUCACCGUCAAGAUGACAAGCCGGAUCUACACACAAGAGCAACUCAAAGCGGAGCUGUUCGCUAGCGUCGCCGUCGCCGGAGAAAUCCCAAGAUUAGUUACUUAGGAUAACUUGCUAGUCGCAGUAUUUCGCGAUGACUUGAUUUCUGUAAUUAGCAAUCGAGCGUUAGCAUCACAAAGUGUAUCGAUCGUUAGCUUCACAAAGUGUAUCGAUCGUUAUUGUUUAAUUAUUUGAUCAGAUUAGCGGCAAUAUAUCUUGAUGACAUCUAA